AUGAUGACGCUUGGGCUUCCUCUCUUACUCCGAUUCCUGAGCGAUCGUCAAUAUGAAGUGCCCAUCGCCGUUGCUCCCUUCGCGUCGGAUCUCCUCAAAGUGUAUAAACGAAUCUAUAAACCUCCUGCUAUGCCUCCACCAGCGAAAGCGGGACAGCCGCAACCUCCUACACCCAGUCCUCCACCUCCCCUUACCCCUCAACGGCGUGAAUUCUUGGCUUCUAUGUUGGACAUCCUGAUUCGACAAUUAGCUUGGCCCGAAGAUGCCGAAUGGGAGGCUCCUGGUAGUGAGGAAGACUCAGAUGAUGAGAUGGCGUUAUUCCGAACAUUCAGGAUACAUUGUCGGGCCUACAUCGAGUCGAUUGCGCAGAUAGAAAAGGGAUUACAUACAGAAGUUGUAGCGAGGAUUGUGGUAGCUACCCUGGAUGCGUUCCAAGCAGGUGGUCCAUCUGCUGUCCCUUGGCAACAGGCUGAGUUGGCGUUACAUCUGAUCUAUACUUUUGGAGAAUUAUCGAAGAGUGACGGGCGUUCCACACCGACCAGCGAUAUAGCUGAAGCCGAGGUGGAUUACGGAACCGCCAAGGAGAACUUCGAUUACGAUCAAUAUCCACUCUCCCCUCUUGGAGAAUUGCUCAAACGAUGUAUGGCUUCGGGUAUAUCUACCUAUCCUCAUCCCAGCGUGACCCUUCAAUACUUCGAAAUCUCAGUGCGAUACGUGGAAUUCUGGAGAUAUAAGCCGGAAGCGAUUCAACCGAUGUUCGAAGCAAUUCUGGAUAAUAGGUGA